UCCGCCAUCAUUUUGAAUCUCUGUUAAGGCCAGAUAUGAGUUUUGAUGUUGUUGUUGAUACUGCAAAGAUGUUUGAAAAUGCAUCUCAGUUUACAAUCAACAAUAGUACAUUCAAUGCAGCUCAAAGAGACAUCAAUAAUCAUUACACUCUUACAACUGAUGAAGAGAGGAAACUACAUAAAUGGCUUGGAGCACCAGAUACAUCCAUUAACUACAUCACCGCUUUGAACAAAAAAACUCCUGGAACAGGCAGCUGGAUUUUGAAUCAUCCAAUUUAUAUUGAGUGGAGAAUGAAGGGACAAGCCUGCACUCUCUGGAUUCAAGGAAAAGCUGGAUCAGGCAAAACAAUUUUACUAACAUCAAUAAUUGAAGAUCUCAGCAAUAGUUUAGUUUUGGUGUACUAUCAUUAUUUUGAUCAACUGGGCUCUUACAAGCACAGUAUUCAUUCAGAGCUUAAAGGCCUUCAUGAAAGGUCAAAAAGGGGGAUUUAUGCAGCACAACCUAGUAAUAUGGAGUUGCAAAAUACUUUGCAUGCAAUUAUCCAUGAUCUUGUUGAGAAAAAGCACCAAAUUUUCAUCAUUAUAGAUGCACUGGAUGAAUGUAGAGAAAGUGCAUCUGUGGCUGUAUUUGUUGCUGGCAUUGCAGAUAAUACUUGGAUAGCAUUCACAAGCCGCUACAAUGCAGAAUAUUCACUCAAAUACAAGCCAUUGGAGAUUGUCAUGAACAGUGGCAAUCUUAAUCAAGAUAUCAAUAUCUAUAUGGAAGCUGAGAUGUCAAACCUCUAUUUUUCGGAAGGAUUCAAGGAUGAAGUGAAGGGUACUUUACAGACUAAAGCUGAUGGAAGUUUCCGCUGGAUUGAUUGCCAGUUUAAUGUACUCAAGGAAUGUGCAACAUCUCAGUCAGUCAAGAGAGCAGUGCAAACACUGCCUCCAGACCUGGAACAAACAUAUAUUCAGGCUAUACAAAAGUGCAAACAAAGCCAUGAAUCAGUAAAUGCUCACCAUAUUCUCUUAUGGCUAUUGUAUGCCUUUGAGCCUUUGAACAAAAAUCAGCUUACUGCUAUGCUUUCAAUUGAUUUACAAGAGCAGGUAGUUCACCCAAGUGAUGGAAUGAAUCUUAGGCUAGAGAAAAUCAUUGAUUCAACCCUGGUGACCAUUAAUUCAGAUGAUGUUAUCCAGCUUGCCCAUGCAUCUGUGAAGGAGCUUCUCCUCAACAGGCAGAUCUUUGUUCAGACAAAAGAUUUAUUUGAAAUCAAUGAACUCUUAGCACACAGAACAAUUGCACAAAUGUGCCUUAUUUAUUUGUUACAGUGGAAAGAUAUGGAGAAUGCUGAAAUAAUGAGGAAUGUUAUGACACUGGGAGAAUAUACCAUUCAGUAUUGGGCAGAUCAUACUUCUUUAACUCAGGAAGCAUCGGAAUCCCAUUCAUUAGGAAGUUCACUAGACCAUCUUGUCAAAGAAUUUUUUCAAAAUGAGAAUUUGCAAUUUUGGCAUUGGACACAGAGAUACCGACAUAGUAUUCACUUCUGGGAAACCCCAUUACAUGGCUCCAAUCCUCUCUAUUGUGCUGCAUAUUUUGGUUUGGAAUCUAGUGUAUCAGAUUUAAUUGUACAGCAAAGUGCAAACAGCAUCAAUAAAAUAGUGGGUGAGCUUGGAACCCCCUUGUCUGCAGCAGCAUAUUCUGGGAAGAAAUGCAUUGUAGAACUUUUAGUAGACUAUGGAGCUGAUGUCAAUGCACAGGGUGGGAAAUAUGGCAAUGCUCUCCAAGUGGCUGCCUUGAGAGGCAAGGAGGAUGUUGUAAGAUAUCUCCUUGAGAAAGAUGCUGAUAUUAAUGCCCAGGAAGGGGAAUAUGGAAGUGCUCUCCAAGCUGCUACCUAUAUGGGAAAUAAAAGCAUUGUGAAAUACCUCCUUAACCAUGGUGCUAUUGUAAACAGUCAAGGAGGUGAAUUUGGAACUGCUCUUCUAGCUGCAAUCAUUGAAAGCCAUGAAGAUAUUGUCAAACUGCUCAUUGAAAAUGGAGCAAAUGUUAAUAUCCAGAAUGAAUAUGAGUAUGGACAUGCUCUCCAAGCUGCUUCCUUUGUAGGCAAUAUAAAUAUUGUCAAAUAUCUUAUUGAAAGGGGAGCUAAUAUUAAUGCUUAUGGUGGCGGAUAUGGAAGUGCUCUCCAAGCUGCUGCUUAUGGGGGCCAUAAAUAUAUUGUCAAAUAUCUCCUUGAUCAUGGUGCUAUUGUAAAUGCUCAAGGAGGUGAAUAUGGAAAUGCUUUGCUAGCUGCCACUUUCAAAAAUCAGGAAGACAUUGUUGAAAUCCUCAUUGACAAUGGUGCAAAUGUUAACAUUAUUGAUGGACAUGAAUAUGGAAGUGCUCUCCAAGUUGCUGCUUCUGAAGGCAAUAUGAAUAUUAUCCAACUUCUGAUCAAAAAGGGUGCAGAUAUUAAUAUUAAUGGUGGAGGGACAGGACAUGUGAAUGCUCUCCAAGCUGCUGCAUAUAAUGGCAACAAAGAUAUUGUCAAAUACCUUAUUGACCAGGGAUCCAAUGUCAAUGCUAAAGGUGGGAAAUAUGGAAAUGCUCUCCAGGCUGGUGCACACAGAGGCAAUAUGAAUAUUGUCAAAUAUCUGGUUGCAAAUGGAGUUGAUAUUAAUGCUCAAGGUGGAAAAUAUGCAAAUCCUCUUCUAGCAGCUGUACAUGGUGAACAUGAAGACAUUGUCAAAUACUUGAUUGAAAAUGGAGCAGAUAUCAAUGCUGGAGGUGGUCAGUAUGGAAGUGCUCUUCAGGUUGCUGCAUAUGAGGGAAAUACAAACAUUGUAGCAUAUCUCCUUAGUUGUGGGGCUAAUGUCAAUACUCAGGGAGGUGAAUAUGGAAAUGCUCUUCUGGCUGCAGUACUCCAGAAUCAUGAGAAUGUUGUUGAAAAUCUCAUUGAAAAUGGGGCUGAUGUUAAUGCUCAAAACAGUGAAUAUGGACAUGCUCUUCAAGCUGCUAUCCUCAGUGUCAAUGUACAAGGAGGUAGAUUUGGGAAUGCCCUACAAGCUGCUGCAUAUGAGAGAAAUAUCAAUAUGGUAGAAUAUCUUGUCAAAAAUGGAGCAAAUGUCAAUGCCCAAGGAGGUAAAUAUGGAAAUGCUCUCAUAGCUGCAGUUAUCAGAAACCAUGAAAAUGUUGUUGAAUAUCUUCUUGACAAUGGAGCUAAUGUCAAUGCCUCCAGUGGAGGACAUGGAACUGCUCUACAAGUUGCUGUAUAUAAGGGCAAUUACAGUAUUGUCAAAUAUCUCAUUGAUCAUGGAGCAUACAUCAAUGCUGAUGGUGGUCAGUAUGGCAAUGCUCUCCAUGUUGCAGCCUAUAGAGGCCAUAAAUUGUAUUUCCCCAUUCUCCAUGAAAUAUCAGUGUUUGAAAGAAGGGCUGGGUGGGAAAAUGCCCCCAGAGUAGCUGAUUCCCUAAAUGAUAUGAAUAUUGUUAAAUGUCUUCUGGAAAAUGGAGCUCAUAUCAAUGUACAAGCUGGGGAAUAUGGGACUGCUCUACAAGCAGCUGCAUAUGCUGGCAAAAAAGAUAUUGUCAUAUAUCUCCUUGACCAUGGAGCUGAUAUUAAUGCUCAAGGUGGUAAAUAUGGAAAUGCUUUACAAGCUGCCACUACGGAGAAUAAUGAAGAUAUUAUCAUAUAUCUCAUUGAUCAUGGAGCUAAUGUCAAUGCUCAGAGCAAUGAACAAGGAACUGCUCUCCAAGCUGCUGCUCUCAAUGGCAAUGAAAACAUAAUAAGAUAUAUAAUCAAAAAUGGAGCUGAUGUUAAUGCUCAAGGUGGUGAAUAUGGAAGUGCAUUGCAGGCUGCUGCAUAUGAUGGCAGUAGGGAUAUCCUUGAAUAUCUUAUUGAUCAGGGGGCCAAUGUAAUGGUUCAGGGUGGUCAAUAUGGUAAUGCUCUCCAGGCUGCUGCAUACAGGGGCAAUGGAAUCAUUGUUGAAUAUCUGAUUGAACAAGGAGCUGAUAUCAAUGUCCAGGGUGGAAAAUAUGGUAAUGCUCUCCAAGCUGCUGCAUAUGGUGGAUUCGAGGAUAUCAUUAAAUAUUUGCUUGAUCAUGGAGCUGAUAUCAAUGCUCAGAGUGGUGAAUAUGGCAAUGCUCUCCAAGCUGCAGCCAUUGGAGGAAAUGUGGCUUGUGUUGAUUACCUUACCAAAAAUGGGGCAAAUGUCAAUGCCCAGGGGGGUUAUUUUGGAAAUGCUCUACAAGCUGCUGCAUAUAAAAGCAAUGAAAAUCUUGUUAGAUAUCUCCUAGACAAUGGAGCUGAAAUCAAUGCUCAGAGCGGUAAAUAUGGAAAUGCCCUCCAAGCUGCUGCAUAUUGGGGGAAUGAGAGCAUUCUCAAUUGUCUCUUACAACAUGGAGCUUCUAUCAAUGCUCAUGGUGGUCAUUUUGGAUCUGCUUUACAAGCUGCAGUAAUUGAGGGCAAUGAAAAUAUUGUGAGAUAUCUCAUCGAUAAUGGAGCUGAUGUUAAUGUGCAGGGUGAUCAAUUUGGAAAUGCUAUUCAGGCUGCAGCAUUUUCAGGGAAUGAGGAUAUUGUCAAAUGUCUUUUCAAUGCAGGAGCUGAUAUCAAUACACAAACACCAGAUCAGGCUGAUGCUCUUCAGGCUGCAGCUUGGGGAGGGCAUGAAAAUGUUGUAAGAUACCUCAUUGCAGAGGGAGCUGAUGUCAAUAAUCAAAGUGGCCCCUUUGGAAAUACUCUCCAAGCUGCUGCAUUCAAGGGUAAUGAAAACAUAGUCAAAUACCUCCUUGAAAAUGGAGCAGAUGUCAAUACCCAAGGUGGAAACUUUGGUAAUGCUCUCCAAGCUGCAGCAUUCAUGGGAAGGGAAAAUAUUGUUAGGUCUCUCCUCGAUGCAGGAGCUGAUGUUAAUGUACAGGGGGGUGAACAUGAGCAUGCUCUACUGGCGGCCAGAAAUUCAUCUGAAUUGAGCUCAGACAGCCAAAGGGAGUCUAUCAUCCACCUGCUUCUUGAGCACGGAGCUAUAGAUACAGAAGCUUUCGAAUCAUGA